UCAAGGAAAGAGAACAGACUAAUGCAGUCUUGGAAAGUAUAGCAAAUCGGACUUACAAUCGAUCCAUGCUUCACAGAAUUAAAGAAAUGUGUUAAUUAAAGAAAAGUCUUAGCCUAGCACUACAUGGAAAACUAUUUUUAGAAUUUUAGGAUUCUAGAGUUUUUUUGCACAUCAAGGAACCUUGAAUUCCAGGGAUAUAUUCUUCAAAAUAUUGGACAAAACCAACGACUAGAACAACAAGAGGCAUUUGUUGUGCUAGAUUAGGGCAAAAAAUAAAAUAAAACAUAAAAUAAAAAAUAGAAGAAGAGGAAAGGAGUACCGGACUCUAAGCCAUCUUGAUCAGGAGGAGGAUGAAUGGCACACUUGAGAAGGGGGCUCAUCACCAGGUCCUUGAUCUCUCUGAGGAGCUCCCAACCAACAGCCACCAUCACGAACACCAGCACACAAACCUCCAGCACACACACUCCUUGGCCUCCACUGUGCUGGUUGGGACACCAGUAAGUGGGGUGGUUGUGCCUCCACCUUACUUCUCAGCAGACGCUGGGGGAGGUGAAGCUCCGCUGGAGCUUCGAGGUUCUCUGGACUGUUGGGCUUGUUCGGUGCUCGUGACGGCGCAGAACCUGGUGAUUGCAGCCAUCAACGCCUGUCUGGCUGGAUUGGUUUUCGGGCUGAUCCUCAUGCCUGCUAUUGUCAUGGUGGUGUUUGGCUUUCUCUGCCAUUCAACGGUACGCCCAACUGGUACAACACCAUACUGUUCGGAUCUGCUAACUGAUGGUGGCUGUGUGGCCCUGCUGGUUGUGGGUUUCUUAUUAGUGACUCCACUCCUGGUUCUGGCCUUGGCUGCGUAUUGCCGGCUUGCUCGUCACCUUCAGCUGGGCCUCUGUUUUAUUCCCUACAGCCGUGCCGUCUACAAGAACCUUCCGGCUACCCAGCAUCGUGGACUAGGAGGAGGUUGCUGCGGACAGCGAGCUGGGAAUGAAGGAGGGAAGGGGAAGGUGUGGGUGUAGAAGGAUAGCAUAAGUCCACAUUACAUUAAUGCAGAUAUGGAAAGAUGUGAAAGAAUACAUUUACCAUUAUAGAACUAAAACUUCACACCUAAAAAUAUUUCAAUAUAAAUUCUGACAGAAAGAGAAAUGUGGGGAACUCUUUGUGGCUGAUUUCCAUAAUGUUUUAUAGCCAGUUAUACCAUGUGCCUCAAUUUAUGAUGCCUGCAUUUAAUGACUUAAUUUAAGUACUCUACAUGAAAAAAAAAAACUCCAACAUUUUAUGUUUUAUGUUAAUAUUUUAUGUAUAACAAACAGUUCACCUCAUCAGAUAAAUACCACGCACAUUUUUCUUUAGACUUUCUAAAAGUAUUUUGUUAUAUAUUUUUCAAACAUGUAAAAUACAUUAAGUAAGAAACAUAAAAUAUUGAAAUUUUACAUCUUUGAAUAAAAUGCUUGGCUCUUCCUCUCAAUAUACACACUGGGACAUAAAGAUUGAAUUGCUUACAUUGUGUAAGUAGAUAAAAAGAUACAACAUAUUGUAUUGUUAAAGUCUGUAUCUACAUUCAGGACAGACACAACCAAGCUCAGGCAUGAACUCAGGCAUUUAAAGAAAAUAUACAUUUGGCAGAUUCAUUUUCAAAAUGAAUUGCAAAAAGUAUACUUCUCAGCAAAGAUAAAAAAAAUAAAUAAAUAAUACAAAUUCAAAAAAGUAAGCUUGAGACGUGGACAACUAUGAAAAUGAGACGUAUAGCGCCCACUAGAGUACAAAAAUGAAAAGUAAAGCAUUUAAAGCUCAAAUCAUAUUAACAUGGUGAGCAAACAAACGAUGACACUAUGACUUAAUUAUGAUAACAAAAUGAGUGAUAAUUA